AUUUCGUCCAACAAAAUGGAUGAAUUGGAGCAACUGGAACACCUUUCGCUGGUGUCGAAGAUAUGUACGGAACUAGAGAACCACCUUGGACUGAACGAUAAGGAUUUGGCGGAGUUUAUCAUUGAUCUGGCACACAAAAACCCAGCCCUCGACGCGUUCAAGCGCGUUCUGGCUGAGAAUGGAGCAGAAUUUUCCGAUUCCUUCACGACAAACCUGCUGCGCAUUAUCCAGCUGAUGAAACCAGCAUCGGGCAAACGAGGCACUGGAUCCGCCUUCGAGGACGACGCGAACGAUGGAAACAAUUUAGCAUACAAAUUUCCCGGCCUGGCUAUACCGAACAACAAAAAAGGCUACUCAUCCGACGAAGGCGAAUACGACGAAAAGGAAGACGUGAAGGACCGAAAGGAAGAUAAAAAGACUACGAACAAAGUGGUUGUGGACGAUAUGUUUUCGGAACUGGAAAAAAUGGCUCCAUCCAAGGUGGAGAAAAAGAUCGACAGCAAGUCCCGCGAACAACUGGAGGUGGAUAAUAUGUUUGCAGAGUUGGAGAGUCUCGCUCCGUCGAAAUCGACCGAAGACGGAGGAAAGGAAGUAAAGCGAAAGGAUCGUCGCAGUCACUCACGGGAGCGCAGAAAGGAACGGAGCAAAUCGCGCGAGAAGCGAAGAGAUAGAAGCAAAUCACGCGAUCGUCGGAGGAGAAGCAGAUCAAAGGAUCGUAAACGUAGAAGCCGUACGCGGAGUCGCGAACGACACCGCGAUCGGGAACGUGAUCGCAGUGGUCGUGACCGCGACAGGGAUCGUGAACGUGACCGAGACAGGGAUCGUGAACGCGAUCGCGAGCGGAAGACAAGAAGAAGCCGUUCCAGAAGUCGUUCGAAGGAUCGUGCACGACAACGGAAUCGUAGCCCUUCGAUGGAUCGCAUGAUGGUGGAGAAACGAAAACGUACGCCUCCGAUGCCGGAGGAACCGGAACCAGGAAAAAUCUACGAUGGUCGAGUGGUGAACAUCGUAGCAUUCGGUUGUUUCGUGCAGCUGGUUGGCUUCCGAAGGAAAAAGGAAGGUUUGGUUCACAUCUCGCAGCUAUCGACCGAGGGGCGCGUGAACCUCGUGACGGAUGUCGUAAACCGAGGCGACGACGUGAAGGUAAAAGUAAUGUCCCUAGCGGGCAAUAAAAUUUCCCUAAGCAUGAAGGAAGUGGAGCAAUCGACGGGUCGCGAUCUGAACCCACUCUCGCACUCACACCUUAAGGAUGCGGCCGAAUCAGAUCUACCUGGUCGCAAUCCCGACCGGCCAAUGUCGAUGAUUCCGUCGAUGCUGAACCUUCAGGAGGGCACGCUCGAACCAGUAGAGGAAACUUCCCGCAAAAAGGUUACCAGAAUCUCCUCCCCCGAGCGUUGGGAAAUCAAGCAGAUGAUUUCGUCCGGUGUGAUCGAUCGAUCCGAAAUGCCCGAUUUCGACGAAGAGACGGGCCUGUUACCAAAGGACGAAGAUAGUGAGGCGGAUAUUGAGAUUGAGAUCGUCGAAGAUGAACCACCGUUCCUGCAGGGCCAUGGACGAGCUCUGCACGACCUAUCACCGGUGAGGAUCGUUAAAAAUCCCGAUGGUUCUCUUGCGCAAGCUGCCAUGAUGCAGACUGCGUUGGCAAAAGAACGGCGCGAGCACAAAAUGCUCCAGCGAGAGCAGGAAAUGGACGCGGUACCGACCAACAUGAACAAAAACUGGAUCGAUCCGCUGCCAGAUGAGGACGACGAGCGUACGACAGCAGCGAACACACGCGGUGUCGGUAUGUCCACGCAGGAUGUGCCGGAGUGGAAGAAAGCCAUCAUUGGUGGUAAAAAGAGUUCGUUCGGGCGAAAAACAGACAUGAGUCUCGUCGAGCAACGUCAAUCACUGCCCAUCUACAAACUCCGGGACGAUCUCAUCAAAGCCGUCACCGAUAAUCAAAUACUGAUCGUAAUCGGUGAAACGGGUUCAGGCAAAACGACUCAAAUCACGCAGUAUCUCGCCGAGAGCGGGUUUAUCGCGCGAGGAAAAAUUGGCUGUACGCAACCGCGUCGUGUUGCUGCCAUGUCUGUGGCAAAGCGCGUGGCCGAAGAGUACGGUUGUCGGCUCGGACAGGAAGUGGGCUAUACGAUUCGUUUCGAGGACUGCACCAGCCAGGAGACGGUGAUCAAGUACAUGACGGACGGUAUGUUGCUGCGCGAGUGUUUGGUCGAUUUCGAUCUCAAAUCCUACUCCGUUAUUAUGCUUGACGAGGCACACGAAAGGACGAUCCACACCGACGUCAUGUUCGGGUUGCUAAAGCAAGCGGUACAAAAACGACCCGAACUUAAGCUGAUCGUAACGUCGGCAACGCUGGAUGCGGUUAAAUUUUCGCAGUACUUUUUCGAAGCACCAAUUUUCACCAUCCCCGGACGAACAUUUCCGGUAGAAAUUCUCUACACAAAAGAACCCGAAACGGACUAUCUCGACGCGUCGCUUAUUACCGUGAUGCAGAUUCACCUUCGCGAACCGCCCGGGGAUGUUCUGCUUUUCCUUACCGGACAGGAGGAGAUCGACACUGCCUGCGAGAUUCUUUACGAGCGCAUGAAAUCGCUCGGCCCUGACGUGCCGGAGUUGAUUAUCCUUCCCGUGUACUCUGCCCUUCCUUCGGAAAUGCAAACGCGCAUCUUCGACCCAGCACCACCCGGCAGCCGGAAGGUUGUAAUUGCUACCAACAUUGCCGAGACGUCACUCACGAUCGACGGUAUCUACUACGUCGUCGAUCCAGGAUUCGUAAAACAGAAGGUUUACAACUCAAAGACCGGCAUGGACUCGUUGGUCGUAACUCCCAUUUCCCAGGCAGCCGCUAAACAACGUGCCGGCCGUGCUGGACGUACCGGGCCGGGCAAAGCGUACCGUCUGUACACGGAGCGUGCCUAUCGAGACGAAAUGUUACCCACGCCGGUACCGGAAAUCCAACGAACGAACCUUGCCACCACCGUGCUGCAGCUGAAAACGAUGGGAAUCAACGAUUUGCUGCACUUCGACUUCAUGGACGCCCCACCCGUAGAAUCAUUAGUGAUGGCCCUCGAACAGCUCCACUCGCUGUCGGCACUCGACAACGAGGGACUACUGACGCGCCUCGGCCGACGUAUGGCCGAAUUUCCUCUCGAGCCGAACCUUUCCAAGCUGCUCAUUAUGUCCGUGGCACUCCAGUGCUCCGACGAGGUACUCACGAUCGUUUCCAUGCUCUCCGUUCAGAAUGUGUUCUAUCGGCCAAAGGACAAGCAGGCACUUGCCGAUCAAAAGAAGGCAAAGUUUAAUCAGAUUGAGGGAGACCAUCUAACGCUACUGGCGGUUUACAAUAGCUGGAAAAACAAUAAGUUCUCCAACGCGUGGUGCUACGAAAACUUUGUGCAGAUUCGUACACUUAAGCGCGCUCAGGAUGUCCGGAAGCAGCUGCUGGGCAUUAUGGAUCGUCACAAACUGGACGUGGUGUCGGCGGGAAAGAACACGGUCCGGGUGCAGAAGGCAAUCUGUUCCGGUUUCUUCAGGAACGCAGCGAAAAAGGACCCUCAGGAAGGUUACCGGACGUUGGUUGAUUCACAGGUCGUCUACAUUCAUCCCUCCAGUGCAUUGUUCAAUCGGCAGCCGGAAUGGGUUGUUUAUCACGAACUCGUACAGACGACCAAGGAGUACAUGCGCGAGGUGACUACGAUCGAUCCGAAGUGGCUGGUGGAGUUUGCCCCGGCGUUCUUCCGCUUCUCCGACCCGACCAAGCUGAGCAAGUUCAAGAAGAACCAACGGUUGGAACCGUUAUACAACAAGUACGAGGAACCGAACGCGUGGCGUAUCAGUCGAACGAGACGGCGAAGAAAUUAA